GGAGACUUGAGAUCCGCUCUCGAGGAUCAUCAUGAGGCCCAUGCUGGACGAGUGCAUGCGCGGUUUUCUGCGCCGCUCGUGGUGUUUCUUUGUGCUUUAUAUAGCAUUGCUGGGAUCGCUGCUGUUGAUGCUCGUGUCGCAAUUGAGGAAUAACGAUCUCGUUUCGUUGGAUCCAAUUGAAUCUCCAAAUGCGCCCAAAGCACUAGUUUUGGCAAAAACACGAGAUGAGAAUGUCUCCUGGACUGAUUCUAUUCGAUGGAAACCAUACAUCUACACCGUCGACAAUGAAGACGGCUUCAUCCCCGUCCCGGCAAAUAAAGGCCGCGAGGGAAUGGCCUAUCUAACACACAUCAUCGACAACUACGACAAUCUCGCCGACAUCACAGCCUUCAUGCACGCAUCCGCCAAGCAAUGGCACAACGACAUCGGCGACACAACCACAUCUAACCUUCUCUCCAGACUCCGCCCACAAGCAAUCAAAGACAAAGGCUACUCGAAUCUCCGCUGCGAUCAUCGCCCCGGAUGUCCGAUUGCAGUCCGUCCUUUUGAUGAAGAGUACACAUCCAAGCAUAACAUCGUGUAUAAAGAUUUUGCAACAUUCUACGCGGACCUCUUCCGUAUCCCUAUCGAGCAAGUCCCCAGGGAAGUAGGGGGUGUAUGCUGUGGCCAGUUUGCAGUGAGUAGAGAGCGAAUCCGUCAACGGUCGCGGGAAGAGUAUAUCCAGAUGCGCGAGUGGGCGUUGACUUCGUCGCUGCAUAAUUUCGCCAUCGGGUCGGUGCUGGAGAUGGUGUGGCAUGUUAUCUUCAUGGAGGACUAUGUUUCAUGCCCCGAUACCCAGCAGUGUUACUGUGACCUUUACGACUUAUGCCACUAG